ACACCCAUCCAACGCCACCUUCCAUCUCCAACCCACAAUCCUCAACACCCAUUUCGCUCCAGACGGUCAGGCAAUCGGACGGCUGAGAUUGAUGAACAAUGUCUCAAAGACAAGGGACGAUGUCACUCUUCUCGGCCCUCGACAAUGCGAAGACCCAGCUCUACCAUUUCAUGAUGAUCGUGAUAGCCGGGAUGGGAUUCUUCACCGACGCCUACGAUCUCUUCUGCAUCACAGCCGUCACUAAGCUAAUGGGCCGUCUCUACUACUACGAUCCAACCAAGCAAAAGCCAGGGACCCUACCAGACAACGUGAACAAUGCAAUCACUGGCGUGGCGCUGUGCGGUACACUCGCCGGUCAGCUGUUUUUCGGGUGGCUUGGAGACAAGCUCGGCCGGAGGAAGGUGUACGGUAUCAUGCUCAUCAUGAUGUUUGCAUGUGCGAUCGCAUCCGGCUUCUCGAUGGGGUCCACCCCCAAGGCCGUGAUGAGCUGUCUGUGCUUUUUCCGCUUCUGGCUUGGGUUCGGCAUCGGUGGCGAUUACCCGCUCUCGGCCGUCAUCAUGUCGGAGUACUCCAACCAGAAAACGCGUGGUGGGUUCAUCGCCGCCGUCUUCGCGAUGCAGGGGAUUGGGAUUCUGGUGGCGGGAGCCGUCGCGAUGGCCGUCUCCAAAGCAUUUUGGGUGGCUUACCCAGCACCGAGCUUUGUUGCCAACCGCGUUCUGUCGACUCAACUGGAAGGUGACUUCGUCUGGCGGAUUAUUCUCAUGUUCGGAGCGAUCCCAGCUGCUCUGACAUACUACUGGCGGAUGAAGAUGCCGGAGACGCCUCGGUUCACGGCAUUGAUCGAGGGGGACCAGAAGAAGGCGGCAGCUGACAUGGCAAAGGUGCUUGAGACCGACAUACCGGUCACUGAGGUCCGAACCGAUACGAAAAAAUCAUAUGGAUUGUUCUCCAAGGAGUUCAUGGCUCGCCAUGGGAUCCACAUGAUUGGAACAUCCAUGACAUGGUUUCUCCUCGACAUCGCCUUCUACAGCCUCAACCUCAUGCAGAAGGAUAUCUACCCAGUUAUGGGGCUACUGCCAAAAGCUCAGAAGAUGAAUGCAAUUGAGGAGGUGUAUAGGAUCUCUAAGGCCAUGUUCUUGGUGGCGCUCUUCGCCACUGUCCCGGGGUACUGGUUUACUGUCUUCCUCAUUGAUCGGAUUGGACGGUUGGCGAUCCAGCUCGGCGGGUUCUUCAUGAUGUCCAUUUUCAUGGCAGUUGUUGGAUUUCGGUAUGGUGAGCUAAGGGGCAAUCCUUGUGACGGACAAUCCCCGUCGGGAUUUUGCGACGGGAAAACAGCCCAGUUCGUGGUGUUCUAUGGGCUUACCUUCUUCUUCGCGAAUUUUGGGCCUAACAGCACGACGUUCAUCAUGCCGGCUGAGCUUUUCCCGGCGAGGCUCCGGUCCACCUGUCAUGGGAUAUCGGCAGCCGCCGGGAAGGCGGGGGCCAUUAUCAGUGCCUUCGUCGUCCAGAGAUACACACUCCAUGGGGACGAGAAUGAUGACAAGAUCAAGCGGGCCAUUAUUGGGUUAUCGGUGGUGAAUUUCAUCGGAUGUCUGUUCACUUUCAUGUUGCCGGAGACCAACGGCCGAUCGCUCGAGGAGAUCUCAGGUGAGGACAAGGAUCUCGACGGUGGGAGGGAGGAGAAUGGGAGGAAUUCAACGGCUGAGAUCCAUCCUAUUGUGGAAAUGGUUUAAGUUAAUGGCACUGAUUUAAGAGUGCUAAGC